AGAUUCAGUUUCGGAUCUGUUUCUAAUCCGUAUCAUCUGAUAAAACAAAAAAGAGUGGGAAGUUUUGGGUUUAAAGGUCGGAGAAACCAGAAAUGGAGAACAAGAGCAGAGUACUGAUAAUCGGAGCAACAGGAAAUCUGGGUCACCAUUUAGUCAAUGCCAGCCUCCAUCUCUCUCACCCCACUUUCGCUCUCGUCCGACCCGACUCCUUCUCCGACCCCCACAAGUCCCAAAACCUUCAAGACCUCUCCGACGCCGGCGUCACGCUCCUCCAAGGUUCGCUGGAAGACGAAGACAGCCUUGUUAAAGCAGUGAAGCAAGUAGAUGUUGUGAUUUGUUCUGUUCAAGCCAAACUGGUGCUCCAUCAGAAGCUUCUUAUCCAGGUCAUCAAAAAUGCUGGUUCCAUCAAGAGAUUCAUUCCAUCAGAAUUCGGGUUGGACCCAGAUAAGACACAAAUUUCAGGGAUGGACUACAACUUCUAUUCAAACAAAGCCGAGAUUAGGCGUCUUGUGGAAGCUGAGGGCAUUCCCUACACUUUUGUUUCCUGCAAUUUCUAUACGAGCUAUUUGCUACCUUCGCUUGUGCAGCCGGGCCUCAAAGUUCCUCCAAGGGACAAAGUCACAAUUUUCGGGGAUGGCAAUACUAAAGGUGUUUUUGUCAAGGAAAUUGAUGUAGCUGCCUUCACUAUCAGGACAUUGGACGAUCCACAAACUUUGAACAAAGUGUUGUAUAUGAGGCCACCUGGAAAUGUGUACUCGCUAAAUGAACUUGUUGAGCUUUGGGAGAGUAAGAUUGGGAAGAAGCUUGAGAAGGUGUUUGUAUCAGAGGAAGAGCUUCUUCAGAAGAUUAAAGAAACCAAAUCCAAGAUUCUUAUCGUCGGAAGCACCGGCUUCAUUGGAAAACACCUCGUCGAAGCCAGUGCAAAGGCCGAUCAUCCAACCUUUGCUCUGGUUCGAGAACCCACCCUUUCUAACCCAGCCAAGUUCAAGAUCAUCGAAAGAUUCAAGGCUUUGGGCGUCAACUUCGUCUUGGGUGAUCUCUAUGACCACGAGAGCCUUGUUAAGGCCAUAAAACAAGUCAAUGUUGUGAUUUCAACAGUGGAUCACUCUCAAUUGGUAGAUCAACGCAAGAUUAUAGCUGCAAUUAAAGAAGCUGGCAAUGUCAAGAGAUUUUUUCCUUCUGAGUUUGGCAACGAUGUCGAUCGAGCCCAUGCUGUUGAGCCCGCGAAGACGACGUAUACUGUGAAAUCUAACUUUCGCAGAGAAGUUGAGGCAUCGGGGAUUCCGUACACCUAUAUCGUCGGCAAUUUCUUCUCUGGCUACUUCUUGCCCACUUUGAAUCAGCCCGGAGCCACUGCCCCUCCUAGGGAUAAAAUUGUGGUUUUAGGUGAUGGAAACACCAAAGCAAUCUUUAACAAGGAACAGGACGUUAGUACCUAUACUAUUAAGGCUGUGGACGACCCGAGAACCUUAAACAAGAUUCUGUACAUCAUGCCCCCGGGCAACACCGUCUCCUUCAACGAAAUUGUAUCUCUCUGGGAGAAGAAGAUUGGCAAGACCCUUGAGAAGAUAUACGUUCCAGAAGAACAACUCCUCAAGAAGAUUCAAGAGUCUGUGGAACCGAUCAAAUCGCUAUUGUGUUAUGGUUACUCAGUGUUCGUGAAGGGAGACCAUACUAACUUUGAGGUCGAACCCUCAUUCGGAGUCGAAGCUACUGAACUUUACCCUGAUGUCAAAUACACUUCAGUGGACGAGUACCUCAACCAGUUUAUCUGAGAUUGAGAAUAUCGAGAAUGGAUGCCUCAUGCGGUUGUGUUCUCUUUGAGUAACUAGCACUUCGUUUAAAAAAUAAUUAGGUAGCCGAUGAUGUACGUCUUUUUAAGCAUGCAUGCUUGCUGUGUAUGAAUUUAGCAUUUGAUCGGGGGUUUACCUGGCCGUUUGUGUGUGUAUCCUACCAUUGGUAAACCUAAUAUUGGAAUACACUAUUGCAUCUUCUGCACAUU